AUGUCUAAGGAUUUGAAGGACCAUACCCUUAAGGAAGGGAAUCAUACUGAUUCAAAAGGUCUUUAUAGUACUGUAGCAGGAACACCUGCCAUAGUAGAAGUUGAAGACGGUCGUUAUCCAUACCAUAUAACUAUUGGUGCUAUUCACUCCUCCACAACGAGUGAAGAAUCAAAGGAAAGAAAGUUUAUAAGAGACAAAGAUCAAAAGGCAGAUGAAAUCAUCAUUGAAGAACCUGUCAAGAAUACUUCGAUGUUGGGAACACUCAUGAAUGAGCAGCUUGACAUCAUGGAUAUGGGUGAAAGCGUAAAGGGUAGUCGUCUUGUAAUAGACAACUGUACACUUCACAAAUCACAUCCCAUGAUAAGAAAAAUUGAGAGCAGAGGCCACGGAGUCAUGUAUAUGUCUCCAUAUUCACCAGAACUGGACCCAAUUGAGCAAAUCUGGGCUUUUGUGAAGAGGAAGAGAAAGUGCGAGGAUUUGAGCUGA